AUGAUACAGCUUUUGUGUUUGUUUUUGGUAGUUCCUCGUCCAGUGGCAUGCUUUAGAGGUGCUUCAAAUCUCGAGGAGAAACUCGAUGAUUUUAGAAGUGAAAUCAAGUUAGGAACUGACAAUUAUACAGAUGUAGUGGAAAAGUGCGCUGAGUUGGCUCGCUCCAAACAUUACAAGAUGUUCGCUUUGGGCAUGGAUGGUCUGUGCUUAUCUGGAGCUGAUACUCAAAACAAAUACCAUAUCAAUGGUACGAAAGGGGCGGAGUGUGAAGACGGUAUCGGCACGGGAGAUAGUAUCUUCCUUUAUUCCUUAGGUUAGUGUUGGUAUUCAAGGAUUGUCUAUCCUCGUUCAAAAACUAGAAAAUUCAGACGUGGAGUGUGCCGCUGCAACAAGAGAAGCGCAUGUCUUUAAAACAAUUAUAUAGAAACGUGUUUGUUAACAAUAUGUCUUGUAAGGUAUCUGAUCAGUGUAAUCUAUAUUCAUCUUACCGUAACAGAAAUGACUUGUUAACAUGAUAUGCCUUUUCUGGAGGCCAAUAUGGGAAGCUAUCAAUGUCAAAGUUACAGGGACACGAUGAUGCUUAAUGCGAGCUUACAACUUGAGUAAUAUUAAAUAUUAUAUAGAUGGAGAAUAAUGCAAAACAAGGCAAGGGGUACAAUGCUGAAUCUCUGACAAAGCCACUUGAAACUUGUUUCUCUUCUCCUCACAAUUAAUUUUCCUUCUUCCUUCUUCUAAAGGAAAUAGAACCACAGACCAACCAAAUUCAUGUCCUGACAACUUCGCAAGACAAAUAAUUUGUUUGUCAGGGACUGGUUAUUACUCAUCGCCAGGUUUGGGUCCAAUGAUUCUGUCGGGUAACAUAAUUUAGGUAAGAAAUUAAAGGGGUAAAUAUCCAGUGAUAUGGCUGAUGAGUGAAGUUUUCAGCCAGUAAUGUGAAAAUAACGGAGGUUUCCGAAGGACUCAAAUUGUACAAAGCCAAGUAUUCGAUCAAAUUAAAUAACAGUCUUUUAUAUGGCCUGCCGGAGUAUCAACUCAAUAAGCUACAGGGUGUGCAGAACAUGUGUGCUAGAUUAAUAUGCAAUGAAAGUAAAUAUUGCCACAUUACUCCUUUAUUAGUAGAUUUACAUUGGCUGCCUGUAAAGUUCAGAAUUGAAUUUAAAAUCCUGUUGAUUGUUUUUAAGAUUUUUAAGGGCUCAGCACCUUCAUACUUAAGAUUUUUAAUUACUCCUAAGCCUGUAUCUAAAUAUAAUUUAAGAAGUUCUUGCGACAGUACCCUACUUAGUUAUCCGAAUGUUAAGCCCAAGGCAACUCUCGGUGAACGGGCUUUUCUGUUUGCUGCACCUAAGCUAUGGAAUGCUGUGACAAGAUUUAUUAGGGAAUCCAUUUCAGUUGACACUUUUAAGAGAAAGUUGAAGACUCACCUUUUUAAAAAAGCAUUUUGUACCACUUAGAUUAUAAGAUUGUAAUUUAGCUUACUAGACUAUAAAUAAUUUUCAGCUUAUAAUUUUUAAGAUUUUGCUAACAGAUUUUUUCUUUUUAACUUUUAGCCAUUAGUUUUUCUAUUCUAUAUCUAUAUUAUCAUCUUAUUUUAUCAUUUUUACUAUCAUAAUUAUUCAUAAUUUUUAUUAUCAGUAGUAUUAUUGUUCUGUUUUGUUUUUUGCUUUUUUCCCUAUGGCGCAUUUGAAUAUAUUUAUAUAGAUAUUUGCGCCUUAUAAGUUUUUGAAAUUAAUUAAUUAAUAAUCCCCGACUACAUUCAUCUUUAUAGAUCCAGCACCGAAACUUCAGCCCAUUGGAUGUUAUAAAGAUAAUGUGAAGGAACGAGCCCUACCAGUGUUCUAUGCUAACGUCCGAAGUAACAUCGACUGGUUUAACAUGGAAUUAACAGUAAAUCAGUGCGCACAAGUGGCUAGUGAUAUCGGCUACGAAUACUUUGGCGUCCUAUUUUACGGCGAGUGCUACAGUGGCAGGAAUGCUAAGGAAAGGUAUGCCAAAUAUGGAAACAUUACUGAGGGAUGCUGGAAGUUUGAUAAUCAAACUGGAUUUGCAGUUGGAAAAGAGAUGACAAACUUUGUGUAUCGGAUUCUGAACUAG